AAAUUAAGAUUAAAAAAAUAAAUACAAAAAAUAUUAGGUGGAUGAGAAAACAUAAAUUUGCUAAAAUGCAAAAUAAAAUGGAUAUUAUCAACAAAAAUAUUAGAAAACAAAAUACAAUAUUAGACCAUAUCUGUCAAAAAUAUGCAAAUAUUAGAAAAUAGAUAAAAUUUUGCGGAAAAACUAAAAUAGAUGUAAAAUACAGAAAUGUUAGAAAUCAAAGUAUUUUAGGAUAAAAACUAAAAUAUAUAGAAGAAAACCCAAGUUGCACUAAACAUUGACUCAAUAGUGUUAAUGGUGUUCAUUUUUUAUUUCAUUGUAUGAAUUUUCGGAUGAUUAAACAUGUAGCCGACUCAUGAACUGAUGAUUUAUGGCGUACCAAAGCAACAACCGCAUCAGGCUUGUUACGCGCUUUUCUCGACUGAUGGUAAAUUCUAUUGCGUACUGAUGCUUUUAAUAUUUCAUGUCCCUUAUAUGACCCUGUUUUAGACUGGAUAAAUGUCAUUAUUCAUCACGCUGAAUACACACACACGCUGUCACUCUCUGAGGUUGGCUGCAAGCUGCCCAUGUGACAUCUUGGGGCGAGAGACAGACAGACAGAGAGAGCGAGAGCGACGGAGGCGAAGGUCAGCAGACGGUCAGUGGCUCCGGCCGCUGGCACUGGCGGGGCAUGGCCCUCACAGAGACCGAAACGGCAACAAAGCCUCAUUUGCAUACGGCGCCCUCCCGUCAGCGAGCCUCUCACGGGGACGCGGUCUGUCUGGCGAUGCUGAAAUAUUGAUGCGGUGCGGCGUGCGCCCGGAGGUGUGGGACGAGGCUCGGCGGCGAUGCAAACCGAGGGGGCUGCGAGAGCUCUCUCGGUCAUGGUGAGCCAAGGCAAUGUGCCAGGCGUGGAAAGUGCCUCGCUGGCCAUGGACACGGAGGAAGGGGUGGAGGUGGUGUGGAACGAGGUGCUUUUCUCCGACAAGAAGGUCUUCAAAGCGCAGGAGGAAAAGAUCAAGGAGAUGUUUGAGAACCUGAUGCAGGUGGAGCACCCCAACAUCGUCAAGUUCCACAAGUAUUGGCUGGAUAUGAAGGAAAGUCAGGCUCGGGUAAUCUUCAUCACAGAAUACAUGUCGUCGGGCAGCCUCAAGCAGUUUCUCAAGAAAACCAAGAAGAACCACAAGACCAUGAAUGUGAAGGCCUGGAAAAGAUGGUGCACGCAGAUCCUCUCAGCACUCAGUUAUCUGCACUCGUGCGAUCCGCCAAUCAUUCACGGGAACCUGACGUGUGACACCAUCUUCAUCCAGCACAACGGACUCAUCAAGAUCGGCUCAGUGUGGCAUCGGCUCUUUGUUAACGUAUUCCCAGAUGCCAACGUCCAGGGCAAAGGGAGGCAACAUCGCGACGAGCAGAGGAAUCUUCAUUUUUUUGCCCCGGAAUAUGGAACCGGCGAAGAUGAUUACGCCAUAGACAUUUUCUCCUUCGGCAUCUGCGCUCUGGAGAUGGCAGUGUUGGAGAUCCAGGCCAACGGCGAUGCUGCCGUGUCCAAGGAGGCCAUCGUCAACGCCGGCAAGUCCCUGGAAGACCCUCUCAUGAGAGAGUUCACACAGUCAUGUUUGCGCCCCGACGCCAAGCUCCGUCCGACCGCCCACGACCUCCUCUUCCACCGCGUCCUUUUCGAGGUGCACUCCCUCAAACUGCUGGCCGCCCACUGCCUCAUUAACAACCAGUACUUGCUUCCCGAGAACUGCGUGGAAGAGAGGACCAAGUCCUUCGACCCCAAUGCCGUCAUGGCAGAGAUCAAGCAUGAAGACAGGCUGGGAGUUCAGCUAAAGUACUCCCAUGUGUCCCCUUUGGAGCUGGACAAGUUUCUGGAGGACGUCAAGAAUGGGAUUUACCCAUUGAUGAACUUUGCCUCGUCCCGGCCCCAUCCCGUCCCUCGCGCCCUCUCCUUGUCGCAGGAGCAUGUGGAGACAGUCAAGACGCCCACGCCGGAACCCCAGGAGACGGAGAGCAGGAAGGUCGUUCAGAUUCACUGCAACUUGGAGUCGAAUGAAGAAGGGACCAAAACUCAUGUGAGUCACGUAGUACAUCAGCUGUCUUUAUUUCUCAAGAUGGACGACAAACUUCACCGGCAGCUUAGCUGUGACAUCCUCCCAACUGACACAUCCAAAGACCUUGCCAGCGAGCUUGUUCACUACGCCUUCAUAAAUGAGGAGGACAUCGAGAAGGUGGCCGGGUUCCUGGAAGACGCCAUCAAACGACACCGGGUUGGCGCUCUGCCCUCUGGGAGCACGCAGUGAGGGGACGGACGGGGGAGUCGCGGCAGCCCCAGGACGGAUGGUAGUUGGGGCCCAGAGGCCUUUGAGGGACCUUUUAUGGCAUCUUACAGCCGGAAACGGAGGGAGCAGGAGCCUGUUUGGAGUGAGAGGAACACUGAGGGAUGUUUAAAAAAACAAAAAAACAAAAAAAAAAACAACACAACAACAACAGAAGGCUCAACGGAGAAGUCACAGCAAACGGGGAAAGGCAACAGGAGGACCAGACGCAUCAUGGUUGUGUUCAGAUCCACUCCCUCCAAAGGGCUCGUUUGCCUUAACACGUGUUGGUUCCGUAGCGGAUGCCAUUAUCCCAGACAUUCGUUUUACCUGCAGCCAUCCUGUCAAACGAAUGUUUUACUCUGCAACGUUUUUGCACUCCAGCAUCCACCUCCGUCCGACCUUUUUUUGUACCCCAUCCAUUGUGCGCCGUUAACACUCAUUCACUGUGGAAUUAUUUAUUAUCGGGAAGCGUCGCACAAGGUUGUGGUGUUUAGUCGCUCUCUCUAAUAUUUUUCACACUGCAUUUCCUUCUACUUUUCCCCAGGUCUAAAUGGCAGUGCUCUUAAGGGCUUCUCCCACUGAAAGUGUUCUGAGUGCCGAAGACUUGUUGCAAAGUGCCUAAUACAGUGACAAAACACAAUUAAAAUAGAAUUAAGGCUAACUGACUAAUUGGGAAUGAAUGGUAUAAAGGUGCAUCUCAAUAAAUGGUAGAAAUGUUCUACUUGAGAACAUCCGCGAGUAGUUGUCACCUCACCUAAAAUGGUUUAUAAUUGCUUACAGAUGCCACAAGAUGGCAGCAAAGCACUACUUUCUAUUAGAAAUUGCUCUGUCCUGUGUAAAUGAAGCGCCUCCCCUCACUUCAACAUAAAGUGGUUACUUGCAAUACGGGCAGUCGUAUCCCAAAUUUUUGCUUGUAUCUCAAGACAAAAAAUCAGUUUGUAUCUUGAAAACUCAUAAGUCAAGGCACUCGUAUUCGUAGACGCUUGGGCCUGAGCACAAAAACAACAAAUAGCAUAGAUGGAUGAACAAAGAUUUGUAGUAAAUGAAUAUAAAUUUUCAGACCAAGCAAGUGAAAUAGAAUAAUUUCCCAGCACAAUAGUUGGGAAUAACUCAUUUAGUCUAUGUAAUGAGUUUCACUUUUUAAAUUGAACUACUGAAAUAAAUUCUGUACUCCACCAUAUUUUGUUUUUAGAGAGGCACGGGUAUGUUUAAUAUGAAUGUGCAAAAUAACUUCUUGUGUAUUGGAUGUAAAUAUUAUUUUGAAUCAUUGACAGAUUUUCUCAACCAUGUAACUCGUUUGCUUUAUUUUUCUGUUGCCCCCAUUAAUUAAGUGUGGUAAGUAAUAAUCCAUCCAAAUUUUCAUAUUUAUUUUUUCAAUAGCCAUAGCAUUAGUCCUGCUAUUAAAUGUACAAGGUUCAAUAUUAUUAUUAGAGCCCUCUUGAAAUUGCUGUUAUUAUUAUUCUUACAGCAAAUGAAUUGCCUUUUAAGGGCCUUAACAUACACAAACAAAAUUUGUUUUUGCCGGUGUGUGUUUAAUUUAUGUAUUUUUGGGGUCCCAUAAACAACCUCUCAAAACUCAAUCCUGUAGUGCCCCCUGGAAAGUUAGGGGAUAGAAAUAGCCUCUUACAACGAUUUCACCAGUUAACAACAAAUUUGGUGGGCAUGUCUAUCAUAAAAGCACGCACGAAAAAGUCCCUACCAACCAUGCCAGAAAUUAAUCAGGAAGUUCUCCAUUUUGGGUUUAGUUUAAAGUUUCAUUGAGAUUCCUAAAGGAUGUCGAUCCUGAAAUGUAACAUGCACUAGAUGUUUCAAGUAAUGUAAAUUAUUCGCUUCCAGCAAAAACCAUUUUCCUAAUACAGCUUGACAUAAAAAAGUUUUGUCUACACUAAUUUUUUUAUUUAUUUUUUGUUCUGUAAAUUCCCAGUUAAAUAACAGACUGUUGUACAGUGAUUGCUGUAAGAUUUAUUUUUUGCCUAUCUCUGCAGACGGGAUUCCGGAAUCUUCCCGGGUAGUCCUCUUCCAUGCAGGUUGUGCAGUAACUUUCUAUGCGGCUUUUUGGGCGAAGUUUACUACGGAUCCUAAUCCAAUGUGAAACAGUGCCUCUCUUGCUCUUUUAACAUCUUGUAAACUGCAUGUCUUAAAAAAAGCCUGCAAGCAUUCAAAACUUUGCAUUAUGCCUUUGUCAAUAACAGUUCAGUUCCAGAAAGGCGGGGGAGGGAUGCUGAUCGUGAAUGUUUGCAUACAUGGUACAAUAAUAAUAAUCAUCAUCAUAUUGGUCUUAUCUGUCAAGGCUGUUGAAUGAAACUUGCGUUUGGAUGUGCAUUUGUAAAAUAUUGUAGCAAUGGCAAUUAAAUAAACAUAUGCUGUGUGA